UUUGGCUAAUGUUAACAGUGGAUGGUGUCUCUUGGAUACUCUUUUGGCUAAUGUUACCCAGGGAUGGUGCCUCUCUGAUACUGCCCCAGAGACUCUCGUCAAUGGGCGAUGGCUCUUGGACGCUGGCCUGGCGAGUGCGCAAGAUGGACGAAGGCUCUUGGAUGCUGGCCCGGCGAGUGCGCAAGAUGGACGGAGGUUCUUGGACGCUGGCCCGGCGGGCAGGCCUCAGGGCUCCAGGCUGGCCUGAAGUUCGGGCUGCUGGGAGGUUCCGUGACAGUUGGAGAGGUUCCAGGAAGUUGGGAUGUUGGCCAUGGACGCAUCCUGCACAGUGGACCUGUCGGACCCAAACUACUCCUGGGAGGAGGACAGAAAGUACAUCCUGCGGGGCUGGGCCCUGGUCUUCAGCACCCUCACGACCCUGAUGGUGCUCAGCGCGGUGGACGGGCGGAUGGUCUACCUGGAGGGCUCCUACUCUGGCUACAUGGGCUUCUGGAUCAACUGCAAGAAGUACAAAUGCUCCGACGUGGGCCAAGUCACUGUUCUCAUCCACAUGAGCAUGGGCUUCAUGAUGCUGGCCUUGGCCACUUGUCUCAUCCUUGUCACCACCAUGGUCCUCUCCUUCUGGCCGGUCUUCCGCCGCCUGAACAAGACCGACCUUAUCUUCAGUUUACUCAGCUUCAGCAUUGUGGGACUGCCUUCAGGGUGAGCAGCUUUGGGGGCUGGGUUCCUAAGGAGCCUGGGGACAUCUGGGAGGCAGCUGGAUGCAGGAGCCUGGAGCGCAGAGAGAGGUCGUCAGGGGAGGAGAGAGGAGGUGGCUCAGCCCUGAUCUGCCGGCAGCACGACAGCACCCUGCUGGCCCUCCAGGGGGCCCUGGGCCUCUACGACGGGCACACCCCGCCCUAUGCUGCCUGCCUGGGCUUCGAGUUCCGGAGGAGCCGGGGGGCCCUCGACGACGACGAAGAUGCAGGGAACGUCACCAUCUCCCUCUUCUACCGCAACGACUCCGCCGGCCUGCCCCUGAGCCUCAGCCUCCCCGGGUGCCCAGCCCCCUGCCCACUAGGCCGCUUCCGCCAGCUGACCGCCCCGGCCCGGCCUCCAGCUCACGGGGUCCCCUGCCACGGCACCCAUGAGACUCCCACUCCCACGGGUGAGGCCCUUGGUGUUGGGGUGGGAAUAGGAGGGUUCAAGUCCUGAGACUCACCCCUCCUGUUCUCCCUGCAGCCACCGUCGUGCCCCUGUUGGCUGGGGCUGUGGCCAUGCUGGCGGCGCUCUGCAUAGGGCUGGGCUUGCUGGCCUGGCUGCAUGCGGGCCUGGGGAGACCCUGUGAGUGCCAUGAAACUGGGCACCCCUUCCCCACUGCUGACC